AUGAUGACGACGUGCCGUCUGCUGUGCGCCCUGUUGGUGCUCGCCCUGUGCUGCUGCCCGUCCGUGUGCAUAAAAGCUAAUGGUGUCGACGAACAGGUGGCUCCCGAUAUGCCAAAGGCACCAGGGGCACAGCUGCCAGUUAAAAAAGAAGUGGAACAAGGCAGAGGAGUAGAGAAACCAGUUAUUGUGACCGGUAAGGAAGAAACACAAGGUACGGUAUCCGGUGGGGCGUCAAACAAUCAAGGUGCUUCAGGUGCGUCCGGUCAGUCACAGCUACAAAGUCCUAGCGUUCCGCUACAGCCACCUACUGCACCAACCGUUGCGUCAGGUGCACAAAGUGGGCCGAUUUUACCCGAAAAAGAACAGGAAAAGGAGACGACUGCAUCAACGACCAUAACGACCAAAACCACCAAGGCACCAACCACAACUACGACUACGACUACGACCACCGCCGCGCCAGAGGCACCAAGUGAUGCGGUCAACAGUGCAGAGGCACCAACCACGACGACCACCCGCGCACCGUCACGUCUUCGCGAAGUUGACGGCAGCCUUAGCAGCUCUGCGUGGGUGUGUGCCCCGCUGCUGCUCGCCGCAUCCGCGCUGGCGUACACCACUCUGGGCUAA